UCCACCAAAGCCACCUAAGCCAAUGACUUCAGCAGUUACAAAUGGAAUGAAGGACAGUUCUGUUUUUCUUCAGGAUGCAGAAUGGUACUGGGGGGAUAUUUCCAGGGAGGAGGUAAAUGACAAAUUACGGGACAUGCCAGAUGGUACCUUUUUGGUCCGAGAUGCCUCAACAAAAAUGCAGGGAGAUUAUACGUUAACUUUGAGGAAAGGAGGCAAUAAUAAGUUAAUAAAGAUCUAUCAUCGAGAUGGUAAAUAUGGCUUUUCUGAUCCGCUGACAUUUAAUUCUGUGGUGGAGCUCAUUAACCACUAUCAUCAUGAAUCUCUUGCUCAGUACAAUCCCAAACUUGAUGUGAAAUUGAUGUACCCAGUGUCCAGAUAUCAACAGGAUCAGUUGGUAAAAGAAGAUAACAUUGAUGCAGUAGGUAAAAAACUGCAAGAGUACCACUCACAGUAUCAGGAAAAGAGUAAAGAGUAUGACAGACUGUAUGAAGAAUAUACCAGAACAUCCCAGGAAAUACAGAUGAAGAGGACUGCAAUUGAAGCUUUUAAUGAAACAAUUAAAAUUUUUGAGGAGCAAUGUCACACACAAGAACAACAUAGCAAAGAAUAUAUUGAGCGAUUUCGACGAGAGGGGAAUGAAAAAGAGAUUGAACGAAUUAUGAUGAAUUAUGAUAAAUUGAAAUCACGUCUUGGUGAGAUUCAUGAUAGCAAAAUGCGACUAGAGCAAGAUUUGAAGAAACAAGCUUUGGACAACCGGGAAAUAGAUAAAAAAAUGAAUAGCAUCAAACCUGACCUGAUCCAGCUGCGUAAGAUCCGAGAUCAGCAUCUUGUAUGGCUCAAUCACAAAGGAGUGAGACAGAAGCGUCUGAAUGCCUGGCUGGGAAUCAAAAAUGAUGAUACUGAUGAGACCUAUUUUAUCAAUGAGGAAGAUGAAAACCUGCCACAUUAUGAUGAGAAAACCUGGUUUGUUGAAGAUAUUAAUCGAGUACAAGCAGAGGAUUUGCUUUACGGGAAACCUGAUGGUGCAUUCCUAAUUCGCGAGAGUAGCAAGAAAGGAUGUUAUGCUUGUUCUGUGGUUGCUGAUGGGGAAGUGAAGCACUGUGUGAUCUACAGCACUGCUCGAGGAUAUGGCUUUGCAGAACCCUACAACCUCUACAGCUCACUGAAGGAGCUUGUGCUCCAUUACCAGCAGACAUCCCUGGUUCAGCACAACGACUCCCUCAAUGUUAGGCUUGCCUACCCUGUCCACGCACAGAUGCCAUCACUCUGCAGAUAAAGAGGGAGUAAGAAGAGAAGUGGCUUUCCAGCAUUUUUUCUACAGUUUUUAUUAGACUACGGUGAGGGCAUUCUUUCUACAGAGACUGCUUGUUUUGCACAAGAAGUGAUUCUGUGAAGGUGAAGUGGAGAGGCUGACCAGUAGCCGGCCAGGAUGGGGGAAUAAGUUAGGGGCCUGGGGCCUUUGGGGCUCAUCUGUGCUGCUGCCCUGUCAUACUAAGCUAGAAGCAGAUGUCAUUUUUACAAAGUCUAUAUUUCAUUGGGCUUUUUGUUUUUGUUUAACCAGGUACCCUCAACAGAAUGUGUUAGGCUUGUUGGGGGCAAGGGGUGGGAGUUGUAUUUGGAAGCUCCUGAAGAGUCUGUGUCCUAUUUUGGUCUUAACUCCUGAGAAUGCAGGAGGGGCAUGGGUCUGUUGGGAGUUCUGUUUUGCUCUCACAGUCUCUCUUCCCUCAAAAAGAUGGCUGCUUUGGUUCUGUGGUAGAAUGGGAUUUGGUUUAAGAAAAUAAAAAAGACAACAACCAAAGGAAAAUAGGGAGGUUUGGGAUUUCAUCUAAACACUCUAAGCCCUGGGGAUUAAAAAAAAAUCUUCAGUCAAAGGUACUGCAUUUCUUAUCAAAACAAUUUAGACUUCAGCAUCUCACUGUCUCCUCCUUCUAAAGAAGUAUUGUGUUCAGAAACCAACAACGUGUUUGUUGCCAGAACAAGGUCUAAGGGGCAGAAAGUGACUUAGUAGCUGAAUGCACACUUCUGUACCAAAACUUGAAAACAAGAAAACUAGAAAUGUGAAUUUUAGCAACAUUAAAAUUGGUCAAUGUCUUUCCUUCUGCCCUGCCCUUGCUUCUCAGAGAUGAGGAAUAGCAUUCUUUUUGUGGGGAUAGUAAGCUUUGAAUCAUAAAAUGAAGUUGGUACUUGUGUGGUGUUUCCUUAGCCUAAAGAAUGAUUUGUUGUUUGAACUUUGUAACUUGUUUGUAUGAGUAAAGAAGAGGUGCAAUCCAGUGCUUUUAGAUGGCUUGAUAUACCAAAUAAUGAUCUAGAACAUUAUUGUUUGUGCUUCCCCAAGCUUAAAGACCCUGCAAAAACAGUGUACGUGGUUUAAUUUGCCUUCAUUUCCCCCUCCUUUGCUAGGUAGGGUUUAGGAAGCCAUAGGUGGUUGAAGAGGGGAAUCAGAUUGUGGUCAGAAACCUCAGUAAAUCACAGACUCAGGGGCCCUGGUGUCCAGGAUGAUGGUCAUACCACGUUACAUAUAUGCUUCCGUACAGUGGUUUCUGAAGCUUUUGCAGGGAGAGGAGGAGACAGCUUGGAGUCUAAACUGUUAGUUAAAACCAUUGGGAAGCUUUUCUUUUUUGCCUUUUUUGUGAGCCUGCCAUUGAGGCAAUGUGCACAGUCUGCCCUUAUGCUCCAGUGGCUAUGAUUUUAGGCCAGGAAUCUUCUGCUCCAUGUGGUUUAAGCCUUCCAGCUGAGUGAAGCUAGGCAGCAGAGUGGAGGGUAGGCAUCUACUCCUGCCUUCAUUAUGCCCCACAGUCAUCAGUCAACACUCAUUUGACAAAUAGCCCAGCAGCCUCUGAGCCAAUCUUGGAAUCAUAAUAGGCUCAAUGUGACUCAGCUUUUGAGCCCAGAGACGUGCAGUCAGGCAUCCUAGCUGAGCUAGAGAAACAGCCAGUACCUGGGUCUUGAUUCAUAAGGCAUUUAUAGCUAGGAAAACUCUAGUUUGGGGGCUGAAAGAAAAACAUUUCUUUCCCUGAACACUUACUUUGGUGACAGUGUCUAGAAUGGACUAUGAUGUGUACACCAAGACAAGGUGAAAUUUUGGAAAAGCUUCCAGAGUUAUGAACAAUGAAGAUAUGAAGAAAAGGGCGUAUCUUGCCUUUUUCUUAUUUAUAUUGCAGUUCAAUGGGGUGAAUAGAGCCCCCUUCCAUGUCAUUGUUUUGAUUUAAACCCUUAACUCAUAGCCAGCACAUUCUUUCCCCAAAUUGGCAGAUUAAAGUCUUGCUGAAAGUUUUACUGAGUAAUGCGGGGCCAACUGUUGCAGGGCACACCUUGUCUGGUGUUGAACCUGCUGAAGCAUUUGGAUGUUCAACUGGAUGCAAGGACUCUCUCCUAUCUGGUAACUAAAAUGUUAGUGUGUUCUGAAUGUCUUUUAAAAAAUAAGCCUAAAUUGGGGGUGGCAGUGGUUCAAGUGGUGGAACAUUUGCAUACCAAGUGUAAGGCCGAGUUCAACCUUCAGUAUCCCUCUGCCCCCUAGAAAAUCUAAAAUGGAAUAGGAUACACACUGUAGUGUUGAACAGUGUGUCUGUACCUCGUUGGGCAGACAUGAAGGGUAUACAGGGAGAGAGCAAGCAACAUCUUAUUCUCUGGGCUGGUUUGUGGGGAAGGGCUGCUGGUUUUCAGUCCUACCAUUCUUCCCCACCCCUUUUCAGUUUCUGAAUUCAUUGCUUUGUGGGAUCUAAGAGAUCAGGGAUCAUUUAAUUAAAUGGAAAGUAGAUUUUUUUGGCCAGUUGCUACAUGGUUUGCUUGCUCUUGAGCCAGUGCAAAUGACAUAGGGAUCAGUCUUUUAACCACAGGGCCUGGUGUAUGUGGAUAGGCAGUAUACUGCACCUUUACUCCAUGGUUUGGGAGGUCUUGGCUUUCUUACAUGGGUCCUGCCCCAUGAUCUUGGCUCUGGGACUAUCUCUUGGCAUCUCAACUGCUGUUUCACUGAGACAGAGUAUAAGAGACAGACCAAGACCAGAGGACUCAUUAUUCUCCUGGCUAGAUAAGCCAGCCAAUAUGAAAGCAGGUUUGGGCUGGCUAGACACAGGUCCCAGGUCCAUAUUUUCCAGGUGGAGUUUUCAUCACAAAACAAUGCUGUCUCCACUUAGCCAUAAAUGUCAGGUCUAGCCAUAGUUCAGACCUGGCUAGGAUGCCUGUGUCCUUAUCACUGAACUGGCCAAAGGUGAAGACUUCCUAACAUCUUUGAGACUUGAUGGGACCGCCCAAUUUACCUUAGUCCUUAUAUACCCUAAAGCUUUCAGAGCCAAUGUGGGGUUUUCCAUGGGUCUCCUCUUCUUGCUGCAAGGAACCAGUCCCAUGCAUUCUCUUGAGCCAAGAACUGCAUCUGGGUGGUUCCUGGUUUCCAGGAUGAUCUCUGCUGCCAGUUAAGAGUUAGAGUAGACCUCUGUGAGCUUUCAAUUGCCUCAGAAACCAGAGGGUCCAUUCAGGCACCUGCUUGGGCCCUCUGCUGCCAACUGCUCAGCUUUCCUUUAGCUCCAGCCACUUGUGACAACCAACCUUGUUUCCUUACAAAUUCCAGCAUGUGACUUUGAUGCCCUGUUGUUACUUGUGAAAAAUCUACUCUGUUGUCUUUGAUGUAGUAAAAAAAAAAAAAAAAAUCAUGUAGUUUAUAUAAAAAUACCUGAUUCCCAAGGAAGCUGACUGUAUGUCUUGUGUUGGGACAGUUCAUAAUGUAGUUCCUAGGCCACUUUUGCAAAUUGUUCUUGUCACCAGGUAUGUUCAGACAUUGCUGUGCAGUUGUGGGGAAGGGUGGGGGGGGAAGGUGAAGGGAGAUACUUUCUGGGUUUUUUUUUUUAACCUUGCCCAAGAGGGGAUAGUCUGGCCAACUUGUUCCAGUAAUGCAAUAAAGACAUUGCAAUAAAGCACAUUUUUGUCUUCAUGAUAUGGGGGACUGGGUGGGCUUGGGGCAGGGUAGGGAGGAAGCAAAAUAAGGUGCUAAGCCAUUGAAAUUCCCAAACUUCUCCAAUAAUCAUCAAAAGACCAGUCCUGGGGCUGAACUGGAGCCACCAGUGCCCUUCCCUGAAGGCAGGCAAUCAACACUAACAAGCAUGAUGAGUCUACCUGAAACAGGACAAAGGGAGACUCACUGAGAAAAUUAAAUGAGAGCCACUUCCUCUCCACUUCAUCCACUCCUAAUAAUUGUAGUUUAGGGGUUCUCAUGAUGCAUUACUGUCCAGAAAUAUAAGUAUAUCCACAUUCUACUCAGGGAGCAGGGAAAAUGGACUUAUAGUCUACCCUCUUGUUGGUCCAGGCCAACAGGGCACUUUGUUGAGAUUUCUGUGUUGGCAACAUAAUCAGCACCAUGACCUCAUUACACAGAACACUGAAACUCACAUCCAUGUCUCUCAGGCCUUUCCCACUCAUGCAUUCAAUUAUGAAAUCAGAAUGGCAUAUUCUAAAUGAUGCCUGUGUCUGUCUCCUCCCCGCUAUACUUUAACUACUUAGCAUCUUCAAGGCUACUAUGGAUAGCAUCCCUUAAUCCCAAAUUGUCCUCACUUUUGUGCUUGGGAUACUUGAAAUUCCUUUCUCCUGCCCAGUUCUCUCUUCUGAACUAUACCUGGUGACUGGACAUCUCCACUGGGACAUCAGAUAUUCCAUGGGGACUCCAAACUUGUUUACUUCAUAGAGAAGAGAAAUGAUUAAUUGUGAAUUCCCUUACUACCAUUCCACUGCCAAAUCCAAAACCUACUUAAAGCCUCUCCUUUCCCCAAUUAAUUACAAAAGCUAAUCAUCUUCUAAAAAGCCAGUCCUUCCCCUGUAUUUUGGAUUCUGAUUUCUCCAACCUUCUCAGGAAUCUCCCAUGAUAAAUGAUCAAUUUUUUAACUCGUUUCUUCUCACUGGAUAAUGGCUGACAUUUAAACCUGUUUUUUUUUGUCCUUGUUGUUUUGAAAGAAGGUCUGUGAACCCGACUGGUCUUGAACUCUUGAUUGCAUGCCCCCCUGCUGGGAUUAUAGACAUGAACCAUCACACCUGGCUGUUUAAUCUUCAUUCUACCUCCCCAAUCUCUAACCAUAACCUCCUCCACCCACACUUUUUUCCCUUCUUCUCAGUCAAGUCUUUUGAAAGAGCUGCUUAAAUAUCUUUAUUUCCUCACCUGGAGCAUUUUAGUACAGGUUCCAUCAUCACCUGAAACUACUUUGAUGUCUUCUACUACCAUCACUGUCUUCUCUCCAUGGAAAGCUUUCAUUGACUCCAUUACAACUCAUUCACCUAAUUUUCCUCUGACAUGUUUAUUUUACAUCUCUCAGACUCCUCCAGGCUUCUUACCCCUUAUACCUUUUUUUAAUCUAUAGUUUUAUCCACAUCUCUGAAUCAACUUACCAUUUCUAGGUCAAUUACAUGUUUGUCCUACCCAAACCACUAUUGUAAUGUACCUUGUAUUCAGCAUGUUGAAUGCUGGGUCACCAGGUGGCCUGGAUUCUUCUCCAUUAUAUUUUACUAAAUGGAAAUAGAAUUCAUCCAGUUAUGUAAGUCAGAAAUAUAGUCAUCAUCCUUGAUAGCCCUUUGCUUUAUAUUGACAAACCAUUCACCAAACCCAUACUAAUUUUAUGCUCAAAAUAUCAAAACAACACUUUACUUCACCAUUUUACUACCCUAGUACUAGAAGACAUCCU